AUGGGCACAAACACAGACCAGUCCUUCUUCCUUGGCAACCACUGGCUCUACUUCUCUGUGUACCUCUUCGCCUUCCUCGUGGGGCUCCCCCUCAACCUGGUGGCCCUGGUGAUCUUCGUGGGCAAGCUGCGUCGCCGCCCAGUGGCCGUGGACGUGCUCCUGCUCAACCUGACCGCCUCGGACCUGCUUCUGCUGCUCUUCCUGCCAUUCCGCAUGGUGGAGGCCGCCAAUGGCAUGUACUGGCUUCUGCCUUUCUUGUUCUGCCCUUUCUCGGGCUUCCUUUUCUUCACUACCAUCUAUCUCACCUCCCUCUUCCUGGCCGCAGUGAGUAUAGAGCGUUUCCUGAGCGUGGCCUACCCUCUGUGGUACAAGAACCGGCCGAGGCUGGCACAGGCCUGUGUUGUCAGCGCAGUCUGCUGGCUCCUGGCCGCUGGCCACUGCAGUGUGGUCUACGUCACUGAACUCUCUUCAAACUCCUCUCAAAGUGCCCAUGAGACCUGCUACAUGGAGUUCGAAGAACACCAGCUGUCCAUUCUCUUACCUGUCCGGCUGGAGAUGGCUGUGGUCCUUUUUGGGGUGCCCCUGCUUAUUACCAGCUACUGCUACAGUCGCCUGGUGUGGAUCCUGAGCAGAAGUGCCAGCCGUUACCGGCAGAGGAGAGUGGCAGGGCUUGUGGGGGCCACGCUUAUCAACUUCAUCGUCUGCUUUGGGCCCUACAAUGUGUCCCACGUGGUGGGCUUUGUCCAGGGUCAAAGCCCCAGGUGGAGAAGCUAUGUGCUGCUCCUCAGCACCUUGAAUUCCUGCAUCGACCCCCUUGUCUACUACUUCUCAUCAUCUGGGUUCCAAGCCGACUUUCAUGUGUUGCUGAGGAGGUUGGCAGGGCCCUGGAGUGUCUGCAGGAAGGAGGGUGAUGUGAAAGUAAAGGCGAUGCAGAAAUGUGCGGGGCAGCUGCAGGAGCUGUCCAAGACAGAAAAUAGGUAG